ACCUCUUGGCUGCCAGCUGGGCUGGGAUUGGUCGUAGUUACUUAUCUUGUCUGUGACACAACAAGAGUAAUCAGGCAAUGCUGAUUCUCCAGUAGAACCAACCACAGGAGACUGCCCCAUACACACAGGACACACACAGAUAGUCUACACCUGACCCGAACCUGCCAACGUCCAGACAAAGAUCACUGACCUACCUAGUGCUGACUGCUGCCAUGAUGACAGAGAAGACACAGGAGAAGAUUGAGCAGCUGGAAGCAGCCAUUAAACAUCUGAAUUCCAUCAUUAAACACCUCAGCUACAAUGCUGGAGAGAUCAAAUCCCAGAUCCACACAUCAAUUAGCCGGCACCUGGAAGCCCUGCGGAACAGGGAGGUGUGGCUGCUAAACCAGGUCGACCUGGUGGUGAGCACCAAGGAGGAGGUCCUUCACCAACAACAGGUCAGACUCAACAAGGCCCUGGGAGUCCUCCAGAGUUCCCUCGACCUGGCAGACGAAGACGAUGAACUUGACAGUAGACUGGCCGAUGCCCUGGAAAAACUUGAUAUUUCUGACCUGAAGCCGGAGGAGAGUCCCUACAUUACCUUCCAAGCCGACCAGUCUACGCUGAGAGAAUCCAUUCUGGACUAUGGCCGUGUGGAUGCUUCUGGCUUCCCUCUGCAGAGUGCCUUCGUUGCCCACGGACAUCCAUCCACCUGCCUGCCACGCCACUUUGAGGAGUACGAAGAUGCAGACCACCAUGUCUUCUACAAGACUGUGGAGGAGGUCAACCGUGCCAGGACUGCUAGCAGCAAUAUCAGUGUCAACAUCCCCAAGUUGUCAAAGCGCCCGCAGGACUGGCUGUGUCGCCCCUCCACGGUGACCACGUCGUCCACUUCUGCACCAAGGUUCUCCUUUCCAUCCCUCAGUCCCAACACUUCCGACUGGCUCCGACGCAGCGAGACAUCCGCCCGCACAGUGACCCAAGAGCUGCCCGGCGAUGCCAGCAUCCAGAAUUGGCUCAGUCAGAUCAAGCAGUUUCCUGACCUGGAGGACGAAGAUUUUGAGAUCAUUGACAGAGAUGCAGGCAGCUCCCGCAAGUCCAGCCACUCUGUGACGACCGCCUUCCCCGUACUGGAGAAAGCACCCACAUUCAACCCACUACAGAAGACCUACCCCAGCCCUGUGGAGGCGUGGCUCAAAUCCAGCUCCUUGGGGGGUGAGAAGGCGCUUGAGAAGGAGGUACUUGAUCUGUUCCGACACAUCCCGUCCGACCAGGACUGCUGGCUCUUAGGCAACACAAAGAAGGAGUCGGAAGCCUGCAGCGAUUGUCUUUGUUCGACCAAGUCCAUGGAGAUCGAGAACCUUGGAAGCAUGUCAUGUAGCAGCCAGUCUGUGUUUGAACGCUACUUCCGAGAUGUACCCAAGGACACCAUGCAGUGGCUAAAGAAAUCUAGCAACGACGAUCAGGCUGUCCCAUCGAGCGUGUGCAAGGCUAACGAGCCCUGUGGCUCUUUCAGCGAAUGUUUAUGUCAGCCCAACUGUGCUUUCAAGCUCACCAGAUCCGAGUCUUCUCCCAAAAAGUGGCUGAAGGUUGCUAGUAGCAAAGCCAAGUUAUCUCCCCUGCCUCAGAUCGAAGGGUUUGCCCGAUACCUGAAGUCACUGGAUACAGAGAAAGAGCAGUGGUUGAAGGGCAGUGGAACCCAGCUUGAUGAGAAUCCAGUAGAGGAGCGGUUGCCCAUGUUCGACUGGAUCUCGUCCAACCCUGAUGAUUGGCUUAAAGAAAAACAACCAGGCCUUAACAAAAACUCUCCGUCGAUUACUGGUAUGAAUUUUGAGUUCAAACAUGGGAAAGAAGACCAUAACAUGUGGUUAAAGGUGACGGGAACCCAGCCAGCAUCGUCAACCACUCCAGUUGGGCCCUGUCCCGCAUGGGAUGCUGUACAGAGUUACGUCAGUAAAAAGUCGCAAUCUGAUUGGCUAAUGAGAUCUGCUGCCGAUGAUGAAGACAAGGAUAACGGUGAUGAGAAAGAGAAGACUGAUACAUGGCUUCUAACAACAUCAUCAUCAUCCCCUGAUAGCCAGCCGGCCAUGUUUACUAAGUUCACAGCUGGCCUAGGAGAGUGGUUGUUCCAACAAAAGCUAUAGACAGCUCAAGUGUGAUAAUAUUUCCCACAUACAAAUCAAUAACUUGCGAAUCACCUUGUUGUGUGAGCUAUGAAAUCAAAUAUCCAUUGGAAAUUUCGAAAUGUCAGUGAUGUUUCAAAUGAAUUUUAUAUUAGAUUUCAUUUUACGAAAUAUAUUUUAACCAAGGGGUGCAAAAAUAAGACUACUGUUAUGCCUAAUUUAUUUAUGAUUAGCGUAUAGCUGAAGAAACCAUUUGUUAUGCUCUUCGACAUGGUUUCAAUUGUACAGAUCUUCAAAUUUUGUUUUUGUUUUAUUUAUGUUAAUUUUAUUUUGUCUCUCUAGUAUGUCAAUUUAACAUGUACCCAAAUCAGUACACAGCAUUAUAUUUGCAAGGAUGAAGAAAGUUUUAAUAUGGAAUAUAUGUUUAUACAAAUGAAUAUGUAAUAUUGGUUGACAAACAGUUACCGCCAUAGAGGUACUAGAAACAAAUCAUGAGAAUUAUCUACAUUCAUUCAAUUUUGUGUAACUGAUGUCCAUGGAUGUCCAAAUUUAUUGAAAAACCUCUGCUAGAUGCAGGAUUGUAACAUAGGACUAUUCUUAUCACAUGUUACCACAUGUCUAUACAGAUGUGCUAGCUGGACAAAUACUUGUGAUCUACAAGCUGGACAAAUACUUGUGAUCUACACCUCUACAGUGAUCUAGUACUGAAUAAAUGUUUUAUUGUGUUAA